UCCGUAUAAGCUUGUUAUAUAAUAUUGAUGUCGAAUAAAAUGAGCUUAAUUUUACCCUUUUAGCAUCAUCUUCAACCUCAUCUUUUAUCGACAUUGACGUCAAAAUUCGGCUCCACGGUCAAAGUUUCCUGAAAAGUGCAUUCACUUCAUCAUCCAAAUAUCGGCCCCACGAACUACGGAUAUACUGUCGGGAUAAUGGACAUGGAAAAAAUGACGCCGUUCUAUGAGCCUAAUUGGAUCGCAUGUUGCAACCCCACCAAGCCGAGUUCCAUUCCCCGCCGCUAACGUAGCUUUUUUGCCAUACAGCAAUAACGAACAGCUGAGGAGAGGUUUCGAAUUUGGUAAUUUGUAAGCUCUAGCGGACGCCGUUGUGUGGUCGACAGAGAGAGAAAUAGUUGCCGCGGGGCAACUUUGUCCGCACCAUUGGCGGCCGUUUAUUGGCGACGGCGAGAUCGACCAGUUCGCAGUGGAUCGCUUCGCCGCGGGCUUUUGAGUGACGGCGUACUUUGCAAACAAAAGCCCAGGUUUGCUGAAGAGAGUGCUGGACGAUGCUAGUGUAUAUAAAUAUCCGUAGAACCUCGCUCUCAGGUCGCGGAAUCUCUCUUGACGCAUCAGUCGUAGCACAUCCUUCUAACAACUGCAAUUAAACAAUAUACCCUCCACAAUGGCUGCAGGAAACCCUUACACCGUGAAAUGGGGCAUCAUGGCCACUGGCGGCAUUGCAGAGACCUUCUGCAAGGACCUUCUGUGCGACCCCAAAGUUCGAGACGCUCAUGACGUGCGCCACGAGAUUGUUGCCGUCGCCUCCUCCAGCAGCAAGAAGAGGGCAGAAGAGUUUCUCAAGACGAUAGACGGUGCCUUUGACGCCAAGACAUAUGGAUCGUACCCAGAGCUUGUCGCCGACCCCAACAUUGACAUCGUCUACGUCGCAACGCCUCACAGCCACCAUUUCCAGAACGCCAUGCUGGCGCUGGAAGCCGGCAAGCACGUCCUGUGCGAAAAGGCCUUCACCGUCACGGCCGCCCAGACCAGAAAGCUCGUUGAGACGGCCAAGGCGAAGAAUCUGUUCCUGAUGGAGGCUGUGUGGACUCGAUAUUUCCCGCUGAGCAUCCAGAUCCGGAAGCGCAUCACAUCGGGCGAGAUUGGUACCGUCUAUCGGACAAUUGGCGACUUGUCAUUCAACUCGAAUGCAGCUGAAGGCAAGGGCCUCUCGUUUGCGGAUUCUCAUCGCAUGAUCAAUGUUGAUCUCGCCGGCGGCGCAAUCCUCGACCUCGGCGUGUAUCCCUUGACCUGGGUGUUCCAAACGCUGUACCACCUACAGCCAGAGCAGGACAAGGAGGCGCCAACAGUGGUCGCCGCCAGCAACAAGUACACCACCGGUGCGGAUGAAAACACGGCCAUCAUCUGCCAGUUCCCUCGGCACAACUCCCUGGGCGUAGCCACAACCACGCUGCGAGCACACUCCGACCCCGAGAACGACGCCGUCCCGGUCAUCCGAAUCCAGGGGUCAGAAGGAGAAAUCCAAGUCUUCUUCCCGGCGUUCCGACCCCUCAAGUACAAGGUCGUCAAGAAGAACGGCGAGUCUCAGCUGGUCGACUGCCCCAUCCCCGGGGACCCAGCACGCAAUGGCUGGGGCCACGGCAUGUUCUGGGAGGCAGACGAGUGCGCUCGAUGCCUGCGCGACGGCAAGAAGGAGAGCGCCACGCUGCCCUGGACGGAGAGCAUCGUCAUUAUGGAGACAAUGGAGGCGGCGCUGAAGCAGGGUGGCAUUGAGUACCCGGAGCUGAUUACGACUGAUGUGUAUGAUCCAAAGAGCCCGUUGAACACGGGAAACCAAUGAAGCCAUCAAAUGUAAAAUUGGCCGAGUGGCCUGUGGGUACGGGGAAUUAAUAGGCCUGAAGUUGCAAGCAAUUACGUGAACCAAGCCAAAAUAUAAUAAAGUGAUUGACAGGGACCGAUUACAGCAGAAGUACAUGUAUGC